GGCCUUCUUACCUCACAGCAACCCAGCAGUCGCUCGGCCAUGCUCGGCCAUGCUGGGCGCGCUGCGAGACGUCCUGGUGCUGGGCGUGCUGGGCGCAACGGCUCAGAGCUGUCCAAGGCCCACGGAGAUCUUGGCCAACUUGAGCGAAGACUACGACAGCCUAGCGCAUCCUGGGCAGCUCACGGGCCUUCCAGUCAAUGUCUCGCUGGGGCUCUAUGUGGCCUCCAUCGUUGCGGUGAACCAGAAGGAUCAGCAGUUGAUUUUGGAGGGCUACUACCGCUCUGCUUGGACGGAUCCGAGAUUGAACAUCUCCCGAUUCAACUGCGAGAGCCUCACAGUACCGACGAAGUCCGGGUCAUUUCCAUUCUGGCAGCCGGACCUUUACUUCGACAACUCAGUGAGUGAAUGGUAUGGCGCAGGCGGCCUGACCAUUGAUUCCAAAGGCUAUGUUUUCAGAUCAGAACGUUUCAAACAUGUCUUCCGCUGCCCCAUGAACUUUGACAUGUUGCCAUUCGAUUCGCAGACCUGUGUGGUGAGGAUGUCCUCCUAUGCUUACAGCAGCGCAGACCUGGCGCUCCGCGUCUUCGCCGAAGGGGCUGUGGAGCUGCCACCCGACUACUGGGGCACGACUGAGUUCAAGCUCACGGCCGCAGCGGGCGAGGUGGAGACGCUCUUCUACGGCGUGGGCGAAAACCAGAGGGGUUACAGCUUCGUGUUGAUCAGCUUCCAUUUGCAUAGGAUGCCUGACUCCUUCAUGAUGUUUGUCUUCGUGACCUGCAUCCUCUUCACCUUUGUCUCAUGGAGUGGCCUCUUCAUCAACCGCGCCGUGGCGCCCGCGCGCGUGACCAUCGCCGUGAUCCCUGUUCUCAUCAUGCUGAACCUGGAGAACAACGUGAUCUCCAACUUGCCACCUUUGAAUUACCUCACCUGGAUCACUAGCUAUUUACUCCUCAUGAAGUUCUUUUGCGUCUCAGCGGUCUUCGAGUAUGGCCUUGUGAGCUUCCUCAUUCAGCUCGAGACCGCUCGUGAGCGGCAGUUCGAGGCCUUUCGGCACUUAGCGACCACUGUGAAGAAGAAGGCGGCAGAGGACGAGGCCAGCAUCAGCUGUGAACGCCCAAGGCCGCCGAGUUGGACCUCGCCCAAAGUCUAUCCCAGCGCUGGAAGUGCCGGAAGUACGAGCGCGCGGAAAUUACUGCAAGUGGCGCCAGGGGUCGCACAGAAAGAGAAGGAGGACAAAGAGCCUGCAGAAGAGAAGGAGAAGAAGGAAGAUGAUACUGAAGAACUGAACUUGCAGAAGAAGUUUAACAAGGUCUACCGUCUCUUUGAUGCAGACGAUUCUGGGGAACUCAGCUGGCGUGAGGUGCAGAUGGGCUUUCGGAAGUUGGGACAGUAUUGGUCCAAGGACCAGGUCCAAGAGUUGUUCUUCAGCCUGGGCAUUGUGGGUCACCAGCGGAUGACGCAGGCGGAUUUCAAGCGCUUCAUGAUGGACAUCCAGAAGUUUUUGCCGGGGAAGGCGAUGAACAUCAGUUUCUUUGAACGGACGCUGGGAUCUAUUCAGAGUUUUUCUUGGACAUGCGUGUUGAACUUCUUUGCGGACAUUUCCAAUGAUGGUGUUUUGUUCAUGAUGCUUCUGGGAUUGAUUCCACACUCGUCCUCUUAUACAGAUCUCCUUUCUUUCAGAUGCCAGAGCACCAGGACUUCGAAGCACAUUUCUGUGAAACGGGUGUCAACAAGCUGCCUGACACGGACCAAAUCCAGUGAAAUCGUGUCAGACCUUGGUUCGCUCCAAGCACAGGUCGAUCCACGACUCGCGUUGGCAGAACGCUAGGCCACCCAGCUACCAAGUAGACGUUGUCUUCAGAUGGUUGUACAUCACAGGCGUGGUCUUGGUCACCGCUGGAUGGCUCCUCUCGACUAUGGGCACCUAGCGAUGUAGGUUUGGUGCUGUGAAGAGGCUGAUGCAAUGCUGGCCACGAUGAAGGCUAUACGCCUUCGUCUGGGGGCGAGCCUUGGUCCCCAGACGCCCAAGAAUGAAUGCCAUGUUUUUUACACUGAUAUUCAAUGACAUUUUCAAUGGCGCAAGCAUUGAAGGGACCCAAGGCCUUUGGAAUCGUACGUGUCAGAGCUUUCAUUUUUUGACAGUGAUUUUUGGAUGCCUUCAAUUUUGCGUUUCAACGAGCUGUGACCCUCAAAGUCAGAGGUCCUGUUGCCCUCAAAGUCAGAGGCACCGAACCUACUUUCCUCGUCGCAGGAAUUCGACAUCGGCCGUCCCAAAUCGGCUUGGCCCAAAGUGACGGAGCCGUUUAUGGGAAUCAUCCAGCUGAGUGUCUCGGAGAAAA